AUGGAGGGACGUCAAUCCGCACAGCGGGGCGGCACAAACGGAGAAGGCAAGCUGAAACGGCUGAGAACAGCGCAGGAGGGCAUGGAGCCAGAAGGCUGCGGUCGCACACCGGAGGGAACCGAACUCGAGAGAGACGCGGCCCUGCAGAGCCCAGACGGCAGAGACUGGGUCCUCGUUUCGGCGAGGCAGCUGCAGGUAGAAACAUUCUUUGAUUUUGUUCAGAGUCCGCUGUGCGGCGCAUCCACGGUGUUUGUUGGCACCGCGCGCGCGACGUCGCGUGGAGCUCCCCUGUCGUCUCGGCGUGCCGAGCCGCUGCCCGCAUCCGCCGACGUCGGUGUGAGCGAAUCGACUCAAACAAAACUCUCCCACCCUCCGCAUUCGGAAACUGAAGCGACAGGACACACUGAGAAGGCGGCAGAAAACGAGCGCCAGGAAGGUGUGCUCUUCGAGGACUCGGAACUCGAUGCGGGCGACCUGGAGGUCGCGGCCCUGGAGCUUGAGUGCUACACCGCCAUGGCUAUCGAGACUCUUCUCUCCAUCUGCAGCUCUGUGCGACAGACUUACCCCGACAUCGAACGCCUUGCAGUGGCUCACAGAACAGGCCUCGUGUCCGUCGGCGAAGCCGCGCUCAUUGUGUGCGUCUCGUCGCCGCACCGAGCCGCGAGUAUGCGUGCCUGCUCACUGGCUGUCGAGAUGGUGAAGCAUUACGUGCCGAUCUGGAAAGAGGAGAUUUUCACCGAGAGAGCCGCAGGAGGGCACGCGCACUCAGGAGAAGAUGCGCAGGCUCGGAUCUUGCAUGUCAGGCGCGCACACUGCGCAAGGCCCGAGGCGACAGCUCUUCCGUCAGACAGGCGGGGACGUCUCUCGCCUUCUGCGACGGCGGAAGUUUUUCGGCGUCGCCGAGUUCCAGGAGCAAUGCUGCAGCCCCUCCCGUGUGUCGGAGCGCCGCAGCCGAUGAAAAGCGAGCAGCACAGGUAG